CUUUAAACCCCAGUCAAGUGCGUUAGGGCAGGUCGCAGCCUACCGGAUCAUUUGUCCGCUCGCGGUGGAGGGACCUGUUUUGAUAGGAGCUGGUGUUUUCUUUAAGCUCAGGAUGGUUAUUCCUGCACUUGAAACGCAUGGAGUAGAGUGAACAGCUCGAAAACCGCCUGAUCAUGAGAUUCCACUGGGUUGUUUUUGCCUCACAUUUUAUUUCGCUGCCACUAACAGUGUGGUGUGAGCCAGUCAUCUCCCCCAGCGGGCCUCACAUAGUAGUUCCCCAGAGGGGGAAGCUGGAGCUGCGUUGCCAUGACAAUGCCACGACGUCUGGCACCCCGCCCAGGUUGAGGUGGCAGACGGAGAGGCCUCGCAGGCUGGAGGGAGAGGUGGAGGAGGGCGGAGCGGCUUAUGUCAAGGUGUCAGCAGUGCAGCCCUACCACAUGGGGCGUUAUGUGUGUGUCAACAACAGCACACUGGAACACAGCUCCAUCUAUGUAUAUGUGAAAGACCCGCAGAAUGCCUUCCAGCGCACCAUGGUGAACGUCAUCCUGGUGCGUGCAAGUGAGAACUGCACCAUCCCCUGUCUUGUGACCGACCCCGGGGUCACCCUCCUGGCUUUGGAGACCUGCAAUGGACAACCUUUGCCCUCUGGUAUGAGUUACCACAGCAACCUUCAGCGAGGCAUCGACAUCAUCAACGUGAAAAAGGAAUAUGAGGGCUGUUACGUAUGUGUGGGACGGCUUGGUGAAGUCAAAGUGGUGUCGAGCCAGUACACUGUGGAUGUACGACUUGUGCCAGAUGUGCCUCCAGUGGUCACGCUUUCCCAGAAAAACACAGUCAUUCUGAGGAAAGGAGAGCAGUUUGAGAUUACCUGCAGCUCCACCAAUGUCAACCCGGACUUCAGUCUCAAGUGGGAUUUCCCUUCAACAGCGGAUCCUGGUAAAUCACACACCUCACACAUCCUGUCCGGUUCCCGUGGUUAUCAACGGGCCACAACACUCUUGAUCAAAGCUGUUAACCAGUCAGACUCGGGAACCUACCGCUGCCAUGUCCACAACGAGAGAGGCACCAGUUCCACAGCGCUGCAGCUGGAUGUCCAUGAACAGGGGUUCAUAACCAUGUUAGGGAGCCUGGGUCCAGUCCAUGCUGAUGUUAAAGAGGGGGAGAGCCUGAGCCUCAGAGUAGAAUUUGAUGCCUAUCCUGCACCCAGCCCCCUGUCCUGGUCUUACAACGGCAAACAGCUCCUCAACACCACAGAGCACGUUAUCACUAUCCACCGCCACAAAUACAGAUACAUCAGUGAGCUCAGACUAGUGAGGGUUCUCAGCUCGGAGGGCGGGGUCUAUAAGUUCUCAGCCAGUCACGAGGACGCAUCUGUCGAUCAUUCAUUCCACGUGUAUGUCAGCAGUAAGCCAGUUAUCCUUGCCCAGGAGGGGCCCGUUGAUGGACAGGUGCGGUGCAUUGCUGCUGGUUACCCGGUCCCUAAAAUCAGCUGGUACUUCUGUGAGCUCCCCCACACGAGGUGCUCACAUCUGCCCAAUGCCACCCAAUGGGAGACUCCGGAGGUUGCCAUGUUGACAGAGUCUACCUUUGGUAAGAGUGAGGUGGAGAGUCGUCUGAAUGUGAGCAAGGAGCAUGCACACUAUCACACCCUGGAGUGUGUGGCGAGUACGGAGGGAGAAGAGGCCUACACACUGUUCUCCAUCAGUGAACGCCUCGUCCCCCAUAAACUCUUCACUCCCCUUCUAAGCGGCAUGGUGGCCACUGGCAUCAUACUCAGCCUCAUUCUAGUGGUGCUGCUCUAUAAAUACAUGCAGAAACCAAAGUUCCAAAUCCAGUGGAAGGUCAUUGAGAGUAUCCACGGCAACAACUACAUAUAUAUUGACCCCACCCAGCUUCCAUAUGACUCCAAAUGGGAGUUUCCUCGACAGAAACUACGCUUCGGUAAAACCCUGGGCUCUGGGGCUUUUGGGAAGGUAGUGAGGGCCACAGCAUACGGACUCUGCUCUGCCGAUACUGUUACAAUUGUCGCUGUUAAGAUGCUCAAACCCAAUGCUCAUUCUACGGAGAAGGAGGCGCUGAUGUCGGAGCUGAAGGUUCUCAGCUACCUUGGAAACCACGUGAACAUUGUUAACCUGCUGGGGGCCUGCACUGUCGGAGGCCCAAUUUUGGUGAUCACAGAGUACUGUUGCUAUGGCGACCUCCUAAACUUCCUGCGCAGAAAAAGAGUGUCCUUCCUAAACUCCCAAGUUGGUGAUGGUUACUAUCGCAACAUCUCGAACCAGACAGAGCCUACCAGCAGGGAGGCGACUGGUACUGGAUAUAUGCCCAUGCGUCCCUCUGAGAAAGAAAGGUCUUCCCAGUCAGAUGAAAUAGAUGAGCUGUCUCUGGACGCUGAAGAUCUCCUCAGCUUUUCCUAUCAGGUGGCCAAAGGAAUGGAGUACAUCACUUCCAAGAAUUGUAUCCACAGGGAUCUUGCAGCUAGAAACAUUCUGCUGACUCACGGCAGGGUGGCAAAGAUCUGUGACUUUGGGUUGGCACGAGACAUCACCACUGACGCCAGCUAUGUGCUCCGGGGCAAUGCUCGUCUGCCAGUCAAGUGGAUGUCUCCCGAGAGCAUUUUCGACUGUGUCUACACCUUUGAGAGUGACGUGUGGUCCUACGGCAUUCUGCUCUGGGAAAUCUUCUCUCUGGGUAAUAGCCCGUACCCUGGGAUGCAGGUGGGCUCUGCAUUUUAUAGGAUGAUUCAAGAGGGCCACAGGAUGAGCAGACCUGAGUUUGCUCCCGUCGAGAUGUACGACAUGAUGUUGUCCUGUUGGAACCAUGACCCUCUGAAAAGGCCUUCCUUCAGGAAACUGGUGGAGAGGACUGAACUGCUGCUGUCAGAAAAUACCAAGAAUGUAGGUGUACCUGAGACUGACCAAUGCUCCAAGUCAUCCAGAGCAGCAGAGGGCGCCAUCGCGGAGGCUCAGCUCAGUCUGCAGCACAACAGCCCCCACCCAGCCUUUACUGCAAAACACGGCUGAUGUCUUCCUGGACUAUGUCUGACAUAUACACACACACAUACACACAGACACACACACACGUAUAUAUGCACAUACACUGGCACAUACACUGCUAUGAAACACACAACCCGCCCAGCUCCUUGUUCAUUCUCUCCUUUUACCGCACAAUCUGCAAGAGCCAAAUUAGCUACUAACAACACAUUCACUCAAACUAACUCUCAAACGCUGGCCUUGAUGCAUCACACACACAUAAACACACAGAUACUGUAUAUAUAUGACCCUGCACAGGGCUCUCAGUAUUGGCCUCUAUCUAAUCUCCCCAUUACCGUAUUGAUCUCUGUGGUAGGUAUUCCAGGUGCACGUCGUUUAUAUAAAGCAGACUCCAGCACUAACCGCCCAUCAGAUACAGCAUCACCCAUCAGCAGCAGGAGGGGGUUUGGCUCACAUUCAGCCUUCAAUUACAUUUUAAGAUGCUUUCAGGAAAACAGACUACAAGUAAGACUGAGGAGCAGAUACAUAGGGUUGUUGCUGUGAUGGGUGGAGUCCACAGUUUUUGGUGUCAGAUUUGUCUCUCUUUUUAUAGGAAUAUUUUUGGAACAUUUUGGGAAAUACACUUUAACCUCUUUCUUGCCAUGGGUUUGAUGAGAAACUGAUACCACUCUAAUAUAUGUGGUUUAAGUAAUAAGAAAUUUAGCUUAGCACAAAGACUGAGGAAUUACGUGAGGGACUAUUUCUUGGCGGGAUCAUUGACUUACAAUAUUUUCUGCUGGUUGCCUGGCAGCCUUAUUUAACUUAUUUGCCUAUUUUUCUUUCUCUUGAGAAUUAUUACAAGUUUUCUUGUGUUGGUAUUUUGAUUAAUAGAACCAGAGUUGGUGUUACAUUUUUCUCUCUAAUUAGAUUAAAAACUAGAGAAAGGAUAGUCAUACUUGCCAACCCUCACAGUUUUCCCGGGAGACUCGCGUUUUCUUUUAACACCAAUUCCGUUUUUCAUUGGUUUCUUCCCAGGAUCACAAUUCUCCAGUAUUUCUCCUGAUUUAUGAUUUAUUUUCACACCUUUUUUCUGGCUCUGUACUGCAUGUAUAAUCCCUACAACUCUAAAAGUCCACUGUCUCCACCCAAACAACAAUAAAGCGGCUGUGGAGCAAAUAA